AUGACUUCUACGGCGGAGUUGUACUCUCAGGAUGAUGUCUUGGAGAUGGAUUUAGUGCACUUGGGUCGAAGAAAACCCAUGGCAGAGGGAGCUUCAUCUCAAGUACACACCAUCAAAGCCGCGUUCACUCAUCUGAGCACAACGGCAACCGACUCCUUGGAUCGAGAAAAACGCCAAAUUAUUAUGAAGCGGUCCCCAACGCCGCUCUUUGAUCCGAAGGGACUCCCACGUGACCUAGUGGCUGCUGCUGGGUUCCUCACAGAGCUGCGGAUCCUAUCUCAUCCUGAGAUUAGAAAUGCCGAAAACAUCGUUACUCUACUUGGGCUGUACUGGGAUCCGUCAGAUAUGAUGUCUCACGAACCUGUAUUCGUUCUUGAGUACGGAGCAAUGACUCUGUCACAGUUCCAAGACAGCAACGUCGCCCUGCCCUUCAGUACCAAACUGAGUCUAGCGCUUGACAUUGCCAAGGGGCUCGCCGUUCUUCACCAUAACGGCGUUAUCCACGGAGAUCUCAAGCCAGACAAUAUUCUAAUGUUUGUACCGAGCCUCUGGAAGGCCAAGUUGGCGGACUUUGGCGCUUCGGUGUUUGAUACUGGUCAGACACGAUUCCUCGUCGGAGGCACAGUACCAUAUGCAGCACCGGAAUGGCAGACCCAAGCACCGAAUGAGAUGCUCAAACGGACAGAUGUGUAUUCGUAUGGCUUGGUUUUUGCGGAAAUUAUGAUCGGAUUCGACGCAGUGGCGCGCCUUUUCAGGGAACCGUCCCAAAACCGCCAGCCGGCUCUUUUGGAAAGGAUGAAGGCUGACAAUACCUUGCACCGAUAUCUGUUUGAUCAAAUAUGCAUUGUCGACGCGGAAAACCCACGUUCUCAUAUCGAUAACUUGCCACUUGUGAUGCAACUGCUGGAGCUCAGCGUCCAGAAAGACCCCAGGGACAGGAAUUCAAGUGAAAUUCUAGGAGCUCUCGGAACAGAACAAUCAGAAGCACAGGGCUCUCAGCCCCAACGUGUAUCCUCUUCAACCCUGCUACAGAAGGUUUUAGCAAACAGCAUAUCAAUACCCUACUCGGAGCUGAACAACAUAGGCGGCGUUGUCAAGCAGCAAGUGUUGCACUCUUUACUUCGUGUUGCGCAAACUGAAGCGGAUACUCGGGCAACAACCUCCUUCUUUGAGUUAUGCGUGUGCUACUCUUCGGGAUUCGGUCUCGGCCCUGACGGCCCAGAUCACAGUGAAGCAAGCCGAUGGUUAAUCAGCGCUGCCGCGGCUGGCCAUCGAUGGGCAUGGUCGAUCUGUCACAGAGUGUCUGGGUUCAUUCCCGAAGAGAACACAAGACAAACUCCCAUGGGGACAUGGCUGUCAGAGUCCGUGACUCAAGGCUCCAGGGUAGCCCUGCAAUGCCUCGAAGCGAUCGACCCCGAUGAAGCAGCUCGCGCCCUGGCUCUAUACCGACGGACCUUUUGCGGAAAUCCGGACAUGUUGUUUCUUCACAUCGAUCCUGAGUCCGCGUACGAUAUUCAAAAAGAUCGGAGGCUGACCGCCCGGGGUGAUACUAUUCUCCACUGGGCAGCAUCUGUUGGCCACUUGAACUGGAUUCAAACUGUCCUAUCUUACGAUAGUGGGAAAGAAAUCGACUUGAGAAACGAUCAGGGUGAUACUGCUCUUCUCUGUGCUAUGAGCGCUGGACACCACGCAGUUGUUAUGGAGCUACUACGAGCCGGCGCCGAUGCCAGCAUCAACAAUGGUAUCAACGAAUCUCCUCUACACUUUUUGGAUAACCUGGAUGAAAGACAGAUCAGGCCGGUGGCCAUCGAUCUUGUCAAAUCAAGGGCAAACCCGUUCGCUGAAGCCUCAGGUUACAGCGGGAAUGCUUGUUUAGAGGUGAAGCCAACGGUGCCAGGUUGUCCCUUGGCCAGGACAGCAGCUCCAAACAGCUACGUCGCCUUUGAGGCCUUGCUGGACGCCGAGUUACAUUUUCCUGGAAGCCAUGACGCAUCGAUACUACCUCGUGCCAAUUCCAAAUUUCGACGUAUUGUGGCUCGGGCCAUCCAGCUAUGCCCUGUUGAGAUUCUGCACGUCUUGAAGAGACGGUUGCAGUACUUCAACCAGGUUGACUUUGGAAGCAUAGAGAUCUGGGAUAAUAGGAGGAGGGUCACUCUCCCGGCACUUUGCAUCCUCGGAAACUCUUCCGCGUUUGUCAAAUCAGGAAUCGACUGGCCAGAAAAGUUCUGGAGACUCGUGAACUUUGGUGGUGCCCACGCCGCUAGACAGGGGGCCAUUCUUCAACUGCUCUGUGCACAAGGAGUAGAUCUGAACUUUUCUAACCACGGAGGACCACAUAAUGCGGUCUUCCUGGCGGUCCGUGAGGGCCGAAGGGAUGCUCUCCGCUGGCUAUUGAGCAGCGACACGUUCAGUCCGGACGAGGUAUUUGGAGAACACAGACCGAGUGGGCGCGGUGGGCGGAAUGAGUUCCUGUCCUUUCCGGUCGGCUUCCAGAACAACGACUACAAGAUGGACGGCUCUGGCCGGAAACCCGGAGUGCCACUGCUUCGCGGGAUCCCUUUCUGCAUCAGAAACCCACGAGAAAGUGGCAGCGGAACGCAAUGGAUCUUGGCCGAUGCAGUGAUGGCAUCUAUUGAACACGGUCAUGUCGACAUCUUCAGCGAUCUCCUUAACGCUAGGUCAUCGCUAGCCUUGCGGUACAUACCCGUGUCUUACUUCGGAGUCAAGCCGGCGCCUGAAUUGUCCAGCCUGAUGGCAAAAUUCAAACGCUUUGCGCGGGCGCUCAAGCACGGGACGGCCAAACGUUGUAUCUACCAAUAUGAAGAGCUCAAUCCCGGAGGUUUCAGUCUCGCGUGGUCACAUAUAUUCGUAGCAAACGACGUUGAGCAAGUAGCUGAACUCGACCUGCCUUUGCUUUACAUGACUCUCAUAUCGUAUUCGAUACAUCACGAUAUGUCUUUCGCGUAA